CUGUAGCCUUUUAGCAAUCGAAGUAACAUUUUUACUCAGCCCUUGGCUACAAAAAUGUUUGUGGUGUUAAGCUCUGUUAAUAUGCUUGCAUUUGGAUUGCCUGAGUCUUGUGUCCUUGGGCGCUGCUGCGAGGUGUCUGGCUGCUUUGUCUUUACGCCUUCCAAACAGGUACUGUAAGAAUUGAAAUGUUCAGGAACAUGCAAAAUGCAGAAAUAAUAAGGAAAAUGACAGAAGAAUUUGAUGAGGACAGUGGUGAUUACCCCCUUACCAUGCCUGGGCCACAGUGGAAGAAGUUUCGAUCCAAUUUUUGUGAGUUCAUUGGGGUGCUCAUUCGACAGUGUCAAUAUAGCAUCAUCUAUGAUGAGUACAUGAUGGACACGGUCAUCUCUCUUCUGACUGGUUUGUCAGAUUCCCAGGUCCGCGCUUUCAGGCACACCAGUACAUUAGCUGCUAUGAAGCUUAUGACUGCUCUUGUGAAUGUUGCCUUAAACCUGAGCAUUCAUCAGGAUAAUACACAGAGGCAGUACGAAGCUGAGAGAAACAAAAUGAUUGGCAAAAGAGCUAAUGAAAGAUUGGAGCUGCUGCUUCAGAAAAGAAAAGAGCUACAAGAAAACCAAGAUGAAAUCGAAAAUAUGAUGAACUCUAUUUUUAAGGGCAUAUUUGUUCAUAGAUACCGUGAUGCUAUUGCUGAAAUUAGAGCUGUCUGUAUUGAAGAAAUUGGUGUCUGGAUGAAAAUGUAUAGUGAUGCCUUCCUGAAUGAUAGUUAUUUAAAAUAUGUUGGUUGGACACUACAUGACAGGCAAGGUGAAGUGAGGUUGAAGUGUUUGAAAGCUCUCCAAAGUCUGUAUACCAACAGAGAGUUAUUUCCAAAACUGGAGCUGUUCACUAACAGAUUCAAGGAUCGCAUUGUAUCAAUGACACUUGAUAAGGAAUACGACGUUGCUGUGGAAGCCAUUCGAUUAGUCACACUAAUACUUCAUGGAAGUGAAGAAGCUCUGUCGAAUGAAGACUGUGAGAAUGUUUAUCACUUAGUGUAUUCAGCACACCGGCCUGUUGCAGUAGCAGCUGGAGAAUUCCUUCAUAAAAAACUGUUCAGCAGACAUGAUCCCCAAGCUGAAGAGGCUCUAGCAAAGAGGAGAGGACGAAAUAGUCCAAAUGGAAACCUCAUUAGAAUGUUGGUUCUUUUCUUUCUUGAAAGUGAGUUGCAUGAACAUGCAGCCUAUUUGGUGGACAGUUUGUGGGAGAGCUCUCAAGAACUGCUGAAAGACUGGGAAUGCAUGACAGAAUUGCUCUUGGAGGAGCCAGUCCAAGGAGAAGAAGCCAUGUCUGACCGUCAGGAGAGUGCUCUGAUUGAGCUGAUGGUGUGUACAAUCAGACAAGCUGCUGAAGCACACCCUCCAGUUGGCAGAGGCACUGGCAAAAGAGUCUUGACAGCAAAAGAAAGGAAAACGCAGAUAGACGACAGAAAUAAAUUGACUGAGCAUUUCAUUAUUGCACUUCCUAUGUUGCUAUCAAAGUAUUCCGCUGAUGCAGAGAAGGUUGCAAAUCUCCUGCAAAUCCCUCAGUAUUUUGAUCUGGAAAUCUAUAGCACUGGCAGAAUGGAAAAGGUAUAGUACAUUGAGCAGUAAUGCUA